AUGUGCCCCAGUGAUAUCUGCCGAGUGUGGAAACAGGGCCCCAAUGUUCGCAUCGACGCCAGUCUCAUUGGAUUUAAUGGAACAUCUUCGUGGGUCCGUGGAAAUAUGUCUUACAUCUUUCGCAUCACGGGGCUGGACACCGAAUUAGGUGGUUUUUCUCCAUUUCCUACUCUAAGUCAUUUAAGGGGCAUCAUAAUGCCUCUUCUACACACUCCUUCCUGUUGUGUCCGAGGCUCAGUGAUGAUACGAGCGAUACUAGCCUUUUUCAAAAUUCAUCCCCCAAACUUUGCCUUCUUCUUCGACGAACACCUCUGGCUUCCUCUUGAAGCUACUUUAGUAAAUAGAAUUUCAAUAGGCCUUCUGUCAGUAUCUCAUCUUCUCUGUGAAGACCAACUCAUCGGUCUAAUCUUUGUCUUUGCAGUUUUAUGUCAAGGUUUCUCAGAACUUUUCCACUUGAACUUUAACACUCAUUUUUCGCCUGCUGGACGUCACAGUGAAAGCUAUAAGAAUUGGAAUUGUACAUGUACUACAGCAAAAUGUGAUUUUAAGGUGAAAUUGGUGCCAAGCCGAGCACAUCUGUAA